AUGUCACAACCACCGCCCUCAGACAACCCACCACCGCCUCCCAACCCAGAACCCACAGAAAUGGACACCUCGCCAGACAACCCCCCACGGGACCCAGCCCCCGACGCGCCGCAGCAGCCAGCCGACCAAGACGAAGCAGCAGCAGCCCCCGCGUCGCCCCCGCUCCCCGAGAAACACACUCCCGUCGCGCCGGGCUACCGCGCGGCCCGCUUCAUCAAAAUGUACGACGAGGCUCUGCGGCGCACGCUGGCCCGCGUAAAGUACGACAACUUCGCCGCCUGCUUCCCAACCAUUGCCGCCCACGCGCCCAACGCCCUGCGCAACGUGCAGAAGCAAAUGGUCGACUACCUCGAGGACCGCUGCAACAAGGAUUUCCAGGCCAUCCUUGACGAGAGGGACCUCGUGCGCAAGCUGAACGAGCUCGAGGCCCUCGUCGCCGAGGCGGAUCGGCAAAGGGCGAACACCCAGCCGACGCGCCAGAACCGAUACCGUGACCCGCACUCUCUGCCCCCUGAAGCUGUGAUCAAGGGCCAUCUUCACCCGCCGCUCGCUCAUGCCUACUCGCACCUGAGCGCCGCUCUCCAGAACACGCGCAUGGAGAACGAGGACCUUUUCACCACGAUACAGGCCCAGCGUGCCGAGAUGGACGCUCUGCUUGCUGACUUGGACGGCGUCGUUGCUGACAUAGAUGGCGCCAACGAUCUUCUCGGCGAAGUGGCGCCCGAGCUUGCUGCUGAGGCACGCAGGGCAGACAACGGUAUUGCAGGAAUAUAG